CUUAAAAAUAUAUUCUCCCAAAAUGAAUACAUUGUAGCAUUAUAUCGUGAAUGGUUAAAGAGGCUUUUCCCUUUGAAACGAUCGGUGCGACAACGCCGUUUCUGAUAAACCGUUUCACCGGCGACGACAAUGGCUUUGAACAAUCAACGAAGAGCACCAAGAUAUCUCUCGCUUUAGGUUUAGCAGAUCAACCAAUCGCAGUUCCAGAAACCGCUUACGCUGAAGCCACUGAGAACAAUCGCAAAAGCUUGGUCGGUCGAGUUCUAAGCCCUAGAAGACAAGAUCUCUACUCAGUGAUCAGUAGACUCCCUCAUGAAUGGAAUAUCGACGGAUCUAAAUGUCACGGCCGCAUAAUCGGCGGAGGGAAGUUUCAAUUCAAGUGGGAAGACGAACAAGGUCCUGAUUUCUUGAAUUCGGUUCCUAUGUGGUUGAGGAUUCGUGGAAUUCCGAUUCGGUAUCUUUGUGAAGGAACGAAAGUGGUUAGGUUUGGUUCUGGUGAGGUUAGGAUUGUGAGUUUGAGGUAUGAGGAUAUUGCUUGGAGUAAAGUUAGUUUCAAGUUUUAUCGUAAUUGUGGUGGUUUGAAUCAUCUCGCUAGGUCUUGUUCGCGUGUUUGGGUUGAUGUUCCUGAUCCUUAUGAUCGUGCUCUUUCACCACCGCCUCUUGAUUCUAGCGUUGAUGGUUCUGGUGAGAAAAAUGGUGAAGGUGGAAAGGGCUUGCCUGAUGGGGUUGGUGAGCAAAAAGGUCUUGAUGGCGUUGAGGAUGGUAAUGUUACGCAGGUGAAGGUUGGAACUUCGUCUGAGGGGUCGAAAAGGAAGUUUGAUGCAGGGGAUCAGGAGGAUGAUAUUGUGGAGAAGCGGCUUAAAGGAAGCGCUGAUGCGGUUCAGGACUUGCCUAAUGGGGAUGGUGAGCAGGGAGGUCUUGAUGGCGUUGAGGAAGGUAAUGUUACGCUGGUGCAAUCUGAGGGUGUGGGGGUUAACCUCAAACCACUUGAAGAAGAAUGAUCCUAUGAAAGUUAGAACUGUUAGGGCUCUGAGUCAUACACAUUUCCUGACAGUUUUGGUUAUCUGAAAGGCAAAUGGAUCGGAACAGUAUGUAUAGAAGGGUACUACCUAGGUUGGCUAUGGAUGCAAUGGAGGUUUUUCGGUUGGUUUCUAGGUUUUGUAAUAGUCUUGUUCUCAGUGGAGACGAGAUCGUAAUAUCAGAAAUGCUGAUAGCAGUUUGGUGUAUGUCGGGUAGUCGGGUUAGUGUAGAAACAGUAUGGAGUAUGGUCUGGUACUCUGGUCUUGCUGUUUAUCUAACUAUCUCUUUAGGACUUAAGUUUCUUCUGCAAACUCUUUGCUUUGAUGUUGUGAACAAUAUUAAGUAAUGAAAGUAGUUUGUUUUG